CGAUGUGUUGAGUAGUCGUUUGGAUAGCAUGCGACGGGGUGAGCACGUCUAUCGCUUCAUGUACGUUCACGUCUUGCCCUCACUAAUAGGAGCCGCGCAUAAUGAACAUUGCUGAUUUUUCCCCAUAGCUCAAUCUGCCAGGGGAACUCAUGGAGGCCUUUGCAGAUCACCGUUUCCAUGUUUGAGCUACUCAUAGAAAAGCUGAGCUUGAAUAAGUCCAUACGAGAUAUCGUGUCAUUCUUCUACAUGCGAAACAUGCAUACAGAGGAGGUCUUGUCCAUGCCGUACAACGAGCGACGAAAGGGAUCAGUGGUCGAAGCGUCGUACACCCUUCGAUAUCCAGAACACAAGCCCGAUCUGGACAAAUGGGUGAUUCGUCAGACUGGGGUGUACCAUCGCUGCGAUUCAACAUCUGGUCAGACUCUAUUCAUCAUGUUCAACCCUGUACCAAACGCAAAAGCCAGUAUCACAGCAGCCGAAUGGCUGUCCAGCCGAGUCGGAGGGUCCGAAACCGACCCCGUCUGGCUACACAAGAUCCUUCUGGAGACGUACUUCCCGGCAUGGAGGUUCUAUAUCGCAUCCCUAGAGCGACAGUUUCUACCUCUGUCGUACAAUACGCUGGUAAACUUCAUCAAUGAACCCUCAACACUGAACCCAAGCCACUUGACGACGCUCGUCAACCUCUCGAACCAUUUCCUGACUACCUCAUCCAUCCUGAACUCAUCUGAAGAGACAUUGAGGGAGCUGUCGAAUCUUUGCGCCCACUGCUUGAAGGGAACGAACGCAGACUUACUCCAGGAGUCCAUCUCGGAGUUUGAAAACUUCCAGCGCCAGUGUAGAAUGUUCUCACACACGGCGACGGACCUGUAUCAUCGCGUGCAAACAACCUCGCAGCUGCUUGCCAACACUCUCUCUUUCCGCGAGCAGCUCGACUCUAGGAAGCAAAAUGAGAAUAUGCUGCGCUUGAACAAGUCGGUGGUGUUUAUUACUACUCUGACACUACUUUACUUGCCGCCUUCUUUCAUAGCUACAUUCUUUGGAAUGAACUUUUUCGACAUGGACUCUGUGACCGGUAGAAUCAUCAGCAGUCCGAUGAUCUGGAUAUAUGUGCUCUGCUCUGUCCUCCUCACUACAGCAACCUUUGGAACAUAUUACACGAUGCGGGAAGGAAGCUUCCUCAACUUGAAGGUAUCAGGGUUGAGAGACCUGAGCUGGCGGGGCCUAUUUUAUCGGAAACAGCACAAUAGGGCCGUCGAGCUGAACGCUCUACCGGUUUGAUCAGAUGUCGGAGAACCGGGCAGCGUAUCUGGAAGUCUCCCAGAGAGAUCGAUCUUGAAUACAGCAUGUCGGUUGGCCCCUACAAGUGCAGUGAUUAGAAUAUGGCGGUUGCCAUCAUUGCCGACUAUGGUGCCGGUGAACUCGUCGUUCUCGGAUAGGCCAGGUAAUUGUGCCAAUUCGCGA